AUGGCAAAGAGGAAGAGCUGGUUUGGAUGGUUGAAAAGGCUAUUCACUUCUGAGUCAAAGGACAAAUCUCUUCAGAAGGCAAAAAAAUGGGGAUGGAGUCUUGGAAGGAUUAAGCAAACACAAUAUCCAAAAAUUACAGCACCAAAUAGGACAUUGAUUGAAGCAAGUGCUGAGCAGAGAAAACAUGCUUUGACUGUGGCUAUUGCAACAGCAGCUGCUGCAGAGGCUGCAGUUGCUGCUGCACAUGCUGCUGCAGAGGUUGUCAAGCUCACAGGUGCUUCACGUUCUUAUUCAUAUCUGUAUAAAGGAGACCGAAGUUUUGCAGCCAUCAAGAUUCAAAGUGCUUAUCGUGGACAUCUUGCUAGGAAAGCAUUAAGAGCAUUGAAGGGAAUUAUAAGACUGCAAGCCAUAGUUCGUGGUCAAGUUGUGAGACGUCAAGUGUCCAGAACUUUGAAGAAUUUUCCCUCUGAUGCAAGAAAUCAGGUUGAAAUUCAUGAAAGAAGCAUCCAUAAGGCCUUAGAAAACUACAAAAAUGAACAUAUUAAGCCAUUUCCAAAGCAAAAGAAGUUAGAAGAGAAGGAACUGAAGCCUGAAUGCCAUAGUCAAAGAACUUGGGAUUGUAGCUUGCACUCAAGAGAAGACAUUGAAGCCAUAUGGUUAAGAAAGCAAGAGGCUAUUGUCAAAAGAGAGCGCAUGAAGCAAUACUCUUCUUCACAAAAGGAGAGAAAAAUUCCCCAAAUCAUGGAAGAAUCUAUGCACAACAAGGAAUUUGGAAGAGAGAGUUGCCGUACACUAGGAGAGUGGCUACAUAAAGAAACACAUGAUUGGGAUAUGCUUUAUAAACCAUCUCCUUUAAACAUGAUCACAAUCAAAAAAGAAUUGGAAGAAGAAGGAUUGAGUUCACAAAUUUCAAUCCCAAGGAAAUCAUUUUCUCAUGUAAAAAUAAGUUCAGUUGGGGAUGAAAUUUCAAUGCCAAAUUCUCCAUUUUUUCGUACAUACAUGGCUGUUACUGAAUCUAGCAAAGCAAAGGAGAGGUCUAUGAGCACACCAAGACAAAGAACAGGAUUUGUGGAUAUAAGCUCAAAUAUGAGAGAGCCUCACAAAGAAGGCACUUCCUUUUGCUGUUCUUAUUAUGAUGCAACUACCAGCACCAAUGAAAACAAUGAAAGUUCUCAGCAUAAAUGCCAGAGCUCAAAUAGCCAUUAUUAGAAGAUGUAAAAUCUGGUUCAAUGCAUGAAUUGCUGAAGUCAUCAAAAGGGAGCAUGGGAAACUUAAUAAGUUCAUUUCUUGUUUAAUUUUUU